GAACAUCCUAUAUUCGAAAAGUUAAAGAACUUUCAGAUUUAGAUAAACAUGAGUUCUGGAUAACAGUUCAUGAUAAGUUUUAUAUUAUUUCAACUUUUACUAAACCAACUGAAAAUAUUAGCAUGAACUACUCUUCUGGUAAGAUAUCAAGCUGUUGUACUACUAUAAUACAGAAUAUUACUCAAGAUACAGAAACUUCAGAACAAUUGGAGGAAUGGCAUGCUUCUGAAAAUUUUAAUUAA